AUGUACUCCGGUAGGGAUGCCGCAAAUACUGCGUAUCCCACGCAGUGGGCUCUAAAUCCCACAGCAUAUCAGAAUGUUGAUACUAGUCAUGUUGAUUGGGCCGCUUUAGCGCAGCAAUGGAUUGCAAUGAAGGAAGCGGCGGCGAUUGUAACCGCGCCGCCGCCUCCUGCCCUGAGGGCGGAGGAAGAGGGCGAAGCGCCCAUGGAAGUUGAGAACCCAGAUAACAACUCAGACGGCCCUCCCGGUGCCGAGUGGAACUCCACAACCAACUCUUGGGGUGGAUCUUGGAAUCAAUGGGGUUGGGGAUGGUCAGGUUCAGGGCCAGUGGAGCCUAAAAUACCACCAGACCCUGCUAUAGGUAUACCUCCCCUCGUAGAAGGGUAUACUGUACCCCCAGAAACAGCUGCUCCGAUACCUGGAUACACAACGGGCACUCCUGCCCCAACAUUCCAGCAUGGCUAUUGGACGGCACCGCAAGUGGAACAGAAUAACAGCAGAAGCAGUAGUUCCAGUCGAGACCGGCGAUCUAAGAGCAAGAAUAGAGAACACAAGCCAACUAGAACUUCCAGGUCGCAGAGGGAUAAAGCGCCCGCGAUACCCCCCGUAAUCGAGCCAAUAGUUAUGCCCACGACUAUGGUGACAUCUACAAUUGAUGCAGCUAAGCGGCGUCAGCUUCCAGCGUGGAUUAGGGAAGGUUUAGAAAAAAUGGAGCGUGAGAAGCAGAAGGCAAUAGAAAGAGAGCAAGAGUUGAAGGCAAGAGAAGAAGCAGAGAAAGAAAAGAAGAGAUUAGAAGAAGAGGAAUUAGAACGAAUGAAAGCAGAGGCCGGAGGCCAACCCGUCAUGCCACCUAAGAGUAAAUUCGAAUCGGAUUCCGAAGGUGAAGAUCAGGAGAAGGAGCCAGCGUCGUCGAGUCCAGUGAAGGAGGAGCCACCGGACGAGGCCAACGCUCCGCCUGACGAGAGAGAGGAACCUCCCGCUCUCGUCAAGAGGAGUAAAGAGGAGAUCAUGCAAGAAGUGAUGCUUGCAGUCCGUCGCUCCCUAACAGAAAUCCUCCUUGAGGUGACGGACCAGGAGAUUCAAACGGUGAGCCAGGAAGAAUUGGCCCGAUAUACCGCCCUACAAGCAUCGCGCCUCAACGCCAUGAAGGCGAGCAAGUCGAAGGCACUGGCCGCUAUCGCCAGUGGGCUCGGGCUGGGCGCGUACGAGAGCAGCUCCGACGACAGCGCGGAAGAGGACCAGGAUGAACUUUCUGAUCAACAGCUACAGGAUAUCAUCAAGCGCAAGAGGUUGGACUUCGAGCGCACUGCACGAGAGAUAGAAGCUGAAGUACGGCGUGCUGAAGCAAGAGAAGCUAUUGAAGAGUCUUCCACUCCCAACAACACUACGCCGGAGAGACCAAGGCGAUCACGUUCAUCUGCUACACCACCACCAGACAGUGACACCCCUGAUAAGUUACCUGAACGUCGCCUCUCGAAGGACAAAAGAAAUCAUAAGUCAGAGAAAACUGAUGGAGUCAGAAAAUUAGACACUAUUCUAGAGGAAAAGGUUAAGAAAUCAAGUAAAAGAGAUCGAACACCUAGCCCCUAUUCAAAAUCUUCCAGUAAAGCCAACAAAGAAAGCUCUUCGUCCACCAGUGACUCUGAAGAUGAUUCCUCAUCCAGCUCAAGCGAAUCCUCGUCGGAAACUGAACAAGAUUCCACAGCCCAUUCUAAAUCCAAGAAACGCAAACGUCGGGGCUCCAGUUCUAGUGGGUCGCGUAGAAAAUCAAAAAAAGACAAACAUAGAAAAGACAAAUCUCACAAAUCAAGCGAUAGGAGUUAUUCCAAGUCUAAAUACUACGACGACUCUGAGAAAUCCGACAAGUUUAGGUCCAAGAAAAAAGAUGAUUACUAUGAUAGACACAAAUCUUCUAGGAGUAGGGACUACGACAAACAUAAAUAUCGUGAUGACUCCGAGGAGGAGCGUCCUAGGAAGCGUACGAAGCGGUCGCGUUCCAUCAGCUACGAAUCGCGCUCGGGGCGCAAGAAGGCAUCGCGGGAUCGGUCGGAAGAGCGUUCGCACAAGAGGGACAAGAGGUCAUACGACAGGGAUAGCUCCAAGCGGGACAGGUCUUACGACAGGUCGGGCCGAGACUACGACAAGUACGAUAGGUAUGAGCGGUCUAGGGACUACGACCGGCGUCGAUCGCGCAGCGGCAGUCACUCCCGCCACCGCCGGUGAACAUCAGGUUACACAGCGAACAGGUUGUACUUCCAUCUAUCUUGUAAACUUGUGUGUUCAACUUAGACAAAAGAACGAUUCAAUCAUUAUCAUGCUGCUUAAGAUAAUGCAGUCUAUAUUAAGCAUACUAUAUUUUUAUUAUUUUUAUGUAUAUUAUUUCUAAAACAAGUCUACCUCGAGCUAUUUAGGUACUAAUAUAAAUAUUAGGAUGAUGUCAGAAAUGUUAUUAAACUUUGCAUAAUAUUAUUCUUAUUGUCCAGAAUACUACAAUUGAAAUGCUCAGUAUAUUUUAUUACAAUCAGUAUAUACUUUGGUUAUUAUGUAUUUAUAACUAGCAUUGAACUUAAUAGAGCUAUAUGUAAUAAAGACGUAUUACAAAUACAUAUCAUUUGAAUAAAUUAAAACAUCCAUCUACUUCAAAGUACAUAGGGACAAAUCGAAUUGAACGUGUAAAUAAAACUUGCAAGCAGUAAAUUAAUAAAUUUAACAUCCGUGACAAUAUCCGGUUGUUUCAAUGAUCCAUUAUCUUUCGGUUCCAUUUCGUUAGAUAACAAUCACGACACAUUUAUCAUGUCCGAGACGUUUAGUACGUUACGCAUUAGAACAUCCGUCCUUUAUCGCAUGUUAGGAGCUAUCAGCUUUAUAAUUACCGAGUGCAUUUCUGACAUCAAAAAAAGCUAUAAGGCUGUGAUAUAUUAUUUUUUAAUUUUUCUCUUGCAGGUGGGAGCAAUCAUAAGUACGUGCAAGAUGUAAAUAUUAGUCCCUUGUGUAUAGUAUUUUAGUGUGCACUAUUAUUCGCGUAUAUAUAACUUUAAUAAACACUUCACAUUUAC